CAUCGAUCAUCAGGGACCAGCAGGGACCAGCAGCGCGUUCCGGGGCCAUGGUGCCCUUGGGCAGCCCCACUCUCGCCGUGUGCACCCCCAGCAACCUGCGCCUGGUGGCCCCCGGCCGCGGCUCGCCCCUGGCCUGGCUGAACCGCGGUCCCGAGUGCCCGCAGGGCCCGGGGGGCAGCGGGGGCCGCCGAGCCAGCGCCGUGGAGCGGCUGGAGGCCGACAAGGCCAAGUACGUGAAGUCGCAGCAGGUGAUCAGCCGGCGGCAGGAGCCGGCGCUGCGCGGCUCGCCGCGGCUGUCCCCGCACGGGCGGCGCCGGCUGGCCCGGCAGCAGUGCCCCGAGCUGUGCCCGGCCUCCGAGCUGCCCGGCCCGCCGUCCCCCGUGUCCCGCCGCAGCGGCAGCCGCCGCCUGCUGCGCCCCGACUCGCUCAUCAUCUACCGGCAGAAGCGGGACUGCCCGGCCGGCGACAAGGAGAACACCAAGGGCUCCGCGCUGGUGCGCCGCCUCUUCCAGGGACCCCUCAGAGCCACGCCGCCCAGCUCGCCCCCCGCCAGGCCGCUGGGCCAGGGUCCCGGCGCCCCCCCGAGCCCCGAGACCCCCAUGCUGUGGGCGCCAGCCGAGAGGGAGGCGGCGCGGACACCGGCAGGGGACAGCGGCGGUGACAGCGGCGCUGCGCCCGGGAAGGAGCCGCUGGCGCUGCGCGUGUCGCUGCCGCUGUCGGAGCAGGAGCGCUUCUUCAACUACUGCGGGCUGGAGCGGGCGCAGGUGGAGCUGCUGGGCCGGGAGCGCUUCGGGCCCGCGGGCUGGGACAGCGCCUCGGGCCGGGCCGGCUCCGGCGAGUCCGAGCCCGGGAGGGCAUCGGGGGGCAGCGAGGGGGGCGCGGGGCCGGGCACGGAGGAGGAGGAGGAGGAGGAGGAUGCGCGGCCGGGCAGCGCCGUCUCGGUGGUGGAACGCAACGCCCGAGUCAUCAAGUGGCUCUACGGCUGCCAGAGAGCCUGGGCGGCGGCCAAGGAGUCCACGGUGUGAGCGGGGACAGCCCGAUGGCUGAGCCGGGCCCCGCGCCCUCGAGGGAUGUGUUUGAGGGGCACCCGUGGGCCUGGUGACACCCAUGGGCCUGUGGCACCCAUGGGCCUGGUGCCCUGGGGUGCUGCGGGAGGGGAGAGCUGCCAGGUGCUCAGGCUGAGCGUGGUGGCAGCACCUGAGGGCAGGUGGGGCAGGGCCACCCCCGGGUGAGUCCCCGUGGGCUCAGGGCUGGCAUGUCCCCCUGGUGUCACCCAUCCUCUCCCUGUCCCCAGCCCAGGAGGGUGGGACAUGCACACAGCCCCCAGUGACCCCCCGAGCCCCCUGUGGUGGGCAGUGCCCACCCCUCAGCCCCCUCCUCCCCAGAACAGGGGCUGCUGGGGCCGGGGCUGCCCUCAAUAAAUCUG